AUGAAUAAGGAACUGUGGCAGAAACCUCAUCCCAGAAGCUGUCUGGUGCACAGAGAGGCAGCAUCCUGCAUACUCACCCCCACAGCUUGGGGUGGACACACAGCUGCAGGGAGCAUGCCUGGCAUGGCUGUUGCUGCCUCCUGGUUUGCUCACCUGGCUGUGCCCCCUGAAUGCCCUGGCAGCCUGAGCUCUCACAGGGCCCACUUCAGGGAGCCACCCCUUGGUCUUAGGGAAACACUUGGGCCCUCACAUGUUACUUGUAUUGUGCUCUGUCCCCUUACGAUUUUGGCCCAGAGAAUAGGACCUCCUCUACCCUCCAUUCCUCCUGCAGUCACAAGUGGAGUAGUGCAAGACGGUUGCCCAUUUUUUGCCAGCAUUCAGCUUCUGCCCUUGGACCCUUGA